AUGCCGAGCCAUGAAGAAGAUGAUAGCAAGGUGCCAUUGGUCCAAGGGAUCAAUAUUUUUCUCUCAAUUGUAACUACGCUGGCAGUGGGAGGUCGGGUUUGGUUGAAUCUGAUCACCUUGAGAACUUUCAGACUGGACGACGAGCUUGCGAAGCCGAUUUGUUGUGCUGCUUGUUUUGUCGAAUUGAAUCAAAUACAUCGAUCGUUUUGGCUGUGGAGAGGCUCACCUGCUACUCAUAAUCAGUUCGCAUAUCCAACCCUCGACACUUACAUCUGGAGCUUCGUCUUUUCCAAGAUGGCGUUUGCGGUUUACUUCAUGCGCAUCUUCCCCCAAAGGAUUCAUAAGCGGGUGAAUAUGGGGCUGUUGGUGUUUCUUCUCAUGCAAGGGAUCACCGAGACUGUCGUGUGCCAGGUGAUGUGUGUCCCAAGGGCCAAGAUGUUCUUGCCCGACUCACCUGGCAACUGCCUGGAUACCAUAAAAUUUUACUAUGCUUCGUUUACCCUAAAAUUCGGCAGUGACAUCGUCUUAUUUGUACAGCCGAUACCAACGCUGUACAGAAUCCGCAUGGCUUGGCCAAAGAAAAUGGGCAUCCUUUUGUUGCUGUCUCUGGGCCUUGGGUUAAGUUUGUGUGCCCUCCAUCAUUCGCGUGCAAUUUAUUUCGAGUACCCGAUCAUCAGACCCAACAUAUUCGAACUUAUUCUUGCCACAGAUGACCUUGUGGAUGCAAUGCUUUGGUCCGAAGUCGAAAUUUCGGUUCUCAUCAUUUGCGUCUGCGUUCCGGAAAUACACAUAAUCGUGCAGAGGGCUUGGCCUAUCGCAUUCAUGCGAAGUACAACGCCGAGGCCCGCAGCAGGUGGUGAUGAGAGGGAUGAAGGGCGCAGUGGAGAUCUAGGCGGUCUGCGGCGCAGAGAUUCCAAAAGGACCAAGAUCAAGACUGGUCAAGGAUCUUGGUAUGGUUCUCGUUCAGGUGCAUCCUUGGGCACUUGGAGGAGAAGCAGAUUCGGCGUGAUCAGUUACGUGUCUGCUGGUGGACAGUCAAGACAUCGACUCAACAGGGACGAGGCGGAACAAGCAAGCGUGCAAUCGCUGGCAGAUGAAGAGCCCACUCCUCAAUCGGAAAGCCCAAACCAUUGCGGUAUUCUCGUUACACGCGAGAUUGAGGUCGGCAUCGAGACGGAUGAGGAUCACGUGUCAGGGACAGACGUUAGUGACGCAGAGAGGGUUGCGCCUGAGGACGAAGGGAAUUUGACAGACUCUGGCAAUGUUGACCAAGAUACCAGGUCGACUGACACAACCAACAAUGCAAGCGCAAGUGACGGAGAUCAGCCUGCACUCGAAACAAACGAAUGA